CUAUUCAAGCAAAUAGUAGCGGCAUUCCUGAAAUGGAUAAAGCAGAUGCAGAUCGAACACAGUUGUUGGAAAGGUCCAGAUUUCGAUAACGAACAUGUCGCACGUUGAACACAGAUAUUCCGUCCCAUGGGGGUCUGGCGUUCGGCUACCGCCGCGUCAUCGUGAGCCAAACUCAGAGAGAUCAUCUGCAUGUGUUAGUACUUUUUGUGUGUAUUAUUGUUUUGCUGGCCGCUAGAACUAAAAUUUGAGUUUGGAUUUCGUUUGAGUCUUCAGCUUAUUGAUGGACUGACCUUACCGAAUCAAAAUAAAUACAAAAUGGGCAGGGUGGGUGGUGGUGCGAGACACUUGGGCGUGGGCUAUAAAAUAAAAGCUGUUAUUUGUGGACGGUUUUCUAAGGGUUAAACUACAAAGAGAGUGAGAGCGCUCUAACUGCAAUUGCCCACUCGGAGAACGGCAUCGUUUCAUGCUAGGGCGGCGUAACCUCGUCUCCGAUCACCAAGAAGAGUCUUCGUUUGCGUGUCGACGAAAUCACAACGACAAUUAGCAGUUGCAGCUGGCCGUGCUUACACCCGUAUUACCCAUUACAUUGUACUCUAUACGCGAAUUACGUUUAAAGUUUAAGUUGAUUGAAGUCCAAAUGAAUAAAUCUCGAAUUGUCUAUAUCGUGUAGUACAUUAUUAAACGCAAAGAUUCCCCAGAGCAUUUCUGCUCAACAUUGAAAUCUCGUAUCGAGGAUUUCACAACAUUUUUGGUGGCCCAUGGGGGGAACCGCGUUUAAUUCGUCCUAUCCGCAUAUGAUUCUACCUCGUUCCGCGUUCAGUUAAAUGUACAAAUAAAAUCAUAUUUUAUCAGCUGCAACUGUAAACGGCAAACACACCGCAAACCAACGGUUUAUCCAACAGCCGCUAUCUCUCGCACGAAGCAGGGACAAAGAAGACCAGACGAUAGCUCUGCGCCUGGACAGUAGCCUCACUGCAGCACACAAAACACACCUCAAGCCGACGGUUAGACAGCAGCCUCUCUCUCGUGCAAAGCAGAAACCAAGAGACCAACGAGCGUUCUGUUGCUGCACAUCAUCUCUAGACACAAGGCCUCAACUCAACGCUCACAGUAGCACAGUUUCUGCACUCCCGAGUACCAGAGUAAGUGUUUCGUUGUGGGUAUUUUGUACAAGGUCAAAGAGAGUGCAACUAAGGGUGAGAAAGGUACAUACACAUAUAACAGCAACAUGUCAACAGCCGAGUCCCACGAUCUCGAAGCCGAUCCUCAGGUGGAGAUCGACAAUCUCAGUGUUAUUCAGACAAAUCUCAUUGCGAGGGUUAAUCAAACGGUGCGUAAUUUCAGAAAGGAUGGCGCAGAUCGGAAAACAAAAGCUUAUUUUCAAACGCGCUUACAAACUUUGCAACGGUUCUUAGGUGAAUUUGAGCAAAAUCAUCAACGUUUGCUAAUACUUCGUUGCCCAAGUACGCAUAGUUAUGUGUCCAGCGAAGUGGCCUUUCGCUUUGAUGAAGACUAUACAACAGCAUUCAGCAUCAUAUCAGAGGCCUACGAAAAUGUAUGUCCUAGAGCACCACCGGUACAGCAGAAUCCAGAGCCAGCAAAUCCAUCGGUAUCAUCAGUGCAAUUGCCCAAGCUACCUGUACCGACAUUUACAGGCAAGUUUGUGGAUUGGCCGGCAUUUCACGAUGCAUUUGUUCAACUCAUCCAUAACAACCAGAAACUGUCCGACGUCCAAAGGUUUCAUUUCCUGAAGCAAGCUCUUCCCUCGGAUCGCGACGAGGAUAUUCAGCAGAUGGCGCUUGCGGGAAAUAACUAUGCAACAGCUUGGAGUCUCGUCCUCAAGCGAUACGACAACAAACGGCUGCAGUUUAUGUACCAUAUGAACGGUUUGUAUGACUUGCCACAGUUGACAAAGGAGCAGUCUGCUGAUAUAAAACAUAUGCUUAAUGUUGCGACGGUUUGUCUCAAUGCUUUCAAGAAUCUAGAUGUUCAGCAUUGGAUGGCUCAUCAUCUCACUUCCAGACCGCCAAGCCCGACCCUGCAAGCUUGGGAGCUCCAUCUCGGAAGCUCUGCCGAACUUGCCACGUUUUCUCAGCUACAAUCAUUUCUCAACGACCGACUCGUCAGCAUCGAUGUGUUCGAAAAUCGAGGCCACUCCACGACGCGGACACCUGUGCCGCAGCCUGUCAAUCAAAGGCACCCGAAGAAGGCAGUUGGCAACGUAACAUACAAGGGCAACAGUUUCCACGCCAAGACUGCGGUUGUCGAACACACUCGCUGCCCUCACUGUAGCGACAGUCACAAUCUUCGGCAUUGCCCGGACCUUUUGUCCAAGGACUGCUUUGCAAGGAAAGCCAUCGUCGAUCAUGCAAAGGCAUGCCUCAACUGUCUGAGCCGUUCCCAUGCACUUUCAAAAUGUACCAGUAAAAGGAACUGCACGCAGUGUGGUCAAAGACACCAUACACUGCUGCACUUCCCAACUCCUGCUCAGGUGGCAACACAGCCUCACGCAGCCUCCCACAGCGCUCGUUCCGGUAACUCCUGGCAGUAUACAACGAGCGACUCAUCUGGCAGGGCUACACCUACGCAACUCUACGCUAGGACCCCACUUCCUACUCAGAGCGCGGCACAGCCUCUCCCAGGGGUUCCCAACACUAGUUCCGGUGGUCAUCCACAGUCUGCAGCGACCGACUCGUCUGUGAGAACACACUCUGCGCAACUUGUCUCCGCUACGGCAACGCAUCACGGACCCAGCACUGUCCUUCUGGCCACUGCCCUGGUCACAAUCCACAACCCCCACACUGGCCAAUCAGCUGUGGUACGUGCGUUAGUGGAUUCAGGCUCGGAAGGAACCCUCAUUACAGAGCACACAGUGCAGGCUCUCAACCUCAAGCGGCAUCCAAUUUCGGCAGAAAUCGCUGGAGUUGGGACCACCUCCAAGAACAGGUGUACCUACACUACAGAAUUGUCAUUAAGUUCUUGUACUUCGCAGUUUUGUACUACCAUUGAUACUGCGUUUAUACUUAAAACGCUUACAUCGCAAUUACCUUCAAAAUCCAUCAAAUUGCAGCAAUGUCCUCAUUUGAACGGAAUAGAACUCGCCGAUCCCGGGUUCUACAAACCACAACGGAUUGAUCUUCUGCUGGGAGCGGACGUAAUCCCACAGAUCCUGCUUUCAGAUAUCCGCAGAGGAAAGGAGAACCAACCAAUUCCACAGCACACCCAGCUUGGCUGGAUAGUCUUUGGUCGAGCCACUUCCACACGCUCACACGCUGUCACCAUUAGAUGUCACCACAACAGGCUAGAGAAUCUCGUCCAGAAAUUCUUCGAAAUGGAGCAUCUCGGUUCUGCAAAACAGCUCACACCAGAAGAGCGAUGGUGCGAGGAACAUUUUAAACGAACUCACAUCCGUCAACGAAACGGCAAGUAUUUGGUACGGCUACCACUUAAGCGUUUGUUUGACCCUUCGCAGGUGCUAGGCAAAUCACGUCAAAUCGCGAUGAAUCGAUUCCAAAUGCUUCAACGAAGAUUCCAAGGGCAGCCGGAGCUGCAAGCCACUCUUCCACUCGCGAAGGAGCAUUAGAAAUUCAAAAUCAAUUGAUCGGAGCCUUACGAUCAGCAGGAAUGGAACUUCGAAAGUGUUCUGCGAAUGACGCUUCUCUGCUACAAGACAUACCUCCAGACCAUUUAUCUCAUAAGACACUAUUAGAGUUUGAAUACCAAGAUCCCGUUAAAACCUUAGGCCUCUAUUGGCAUCCACAUCAAGACUAUUUUGGGUUCAAGAUAAAUUUUGAAAUCAGUCACGCA